AAUUCUUUUGAUCCACGCUAAAACAACCCCGUUUCUUCUGAUCGACAUGUAUCACCGUCUUCCGUCGUUAAUGGAGCCGUUUCUCCGGAGAGUCUCUGACCGUUGGCCAAUCAUCGCUCAGGCUGCCACGUGGACGGUGCUUCUCAUGUUCACUGUUGCUGUCGCUUCGUUUGCUCCGGAGAUGGCUUUUGUGUCGACGGUGUCGUCUUCGUGCGGAAGAGGAGAUGGGUUUGUGAAGAUUCCGAUGGAUUUUGCGGGGGAGAGUAUAUGCGUGCCGUCUAACAUGGUGAAGAGAUCACGUUUUGAUUUGUUUGUGCCUUCUAUUUUCGCGGCGGUUAUGGUCACGGCUUCGGCUUGUUUGAUCCGAUCGUGUAUUGGCACGGAGAAUGUGGAUGAUUUUUAAACACUUGUAAUUAUUUAUUAAUAAUUUUGUAUUCAGUUG